ACAUAACAAGAGUGCAAGACACUCAUUGUUUUAAGCGCGUUAUCUAAACGUUGUCAAGGUCGAAUUGGCGUGAUCAGUGGCCACGAUAGCCUUAGAGUGCCAAUGUACUGGCACGCAGUAUUGCCAUUUCCAAGCGCAUGGUGUGGACUGUAUUGUGUCUUGCUGUCGAUAUCUUUCUUUAGUACUCUUGAUUACUUGUUAAAAGGUAUAAGACCGCCAACAGCUGUCGAGUCUAAGGGUCCACUUGCUGUUUGGAAAUGGCGCAAUAUGUUGAUCUCUUGGCUACAUGCUCUUAUAAUAGGAACAUGGGAUAUAUUAUGCUUUUACUAUUACCCUGAACUGAUGGAUGACCCUAUAGGUCAUAUUGUUCCGUUUACCUAUUACAUGGUAGCAGUUUCUACAGGCUACUUCUUCUACGAUUUUUGGGAUAUGUUAGUGCAGAAGCAAAUAUUCUCUAUGUGGGAGUUGACUUUGCAUCACAUAGCGGUUCUUGGUGCCUUUACUUAUAAUGUUAUAAAUGUUCGGUAUAUAGCAUAUAAUGUUAUUGCAUUACUUGCUGAAGUGAACAGUAUCUUUUUGCAUACUCGUAAACUUAUGCAAAUGUAUAAAAUUCAUCCAAUGAAUAUUAUUCGUCGUUUAAAUUCUUUAAUAAAUCUUAUCACAUUUAUAUGUUGUCGAGGUUUUGCAUUAUUUUGUAUAUCAUAUGGUAUAUAUAUGAAUCCUGAUAAAAUAUCAUCAUUUUAUUCAUUUUUAUUAAUGUCUAGUAUGUUCAUUAUGAAUAUAUUAAAUCCAAUUUUAUUUUAUAUUCUUUUACGUAAUGAUUUUUUAUUAACACAUAAAGAAAUUAAUGAUUAUUAUAGUAUAAAUGAUAGAAAAAAAUUAAUUGAUACUACUUAUACUUUAGAUAAUAAAAAAUCUAAUUAUAAAUUAACAUAUGAAUUGAAUAGUUUUACUGUUAACAGAUUUCAUCAAUCGAAUUCAUCGAAACUUUAAAAAAAAGAGAAAGGAAGGUGAUUGUUUAUUAAUGUAUAACUUUAGUUUACAUACCUUUAUUUAUUGUUUUAUUGAAAUUCUAAAGCUUUUUACCUAUUGAAAGUUGUUUGCUAUACCUUAUAAUUAUAAUUAUACAUAAGAUAUAUAUGUUCUUAUAAAAAGACAUGUUAAUCUUAUCCUAGUUGAUUAAAUAAGAAUUAUCGAGUAAUAUAGUUUAAUGUUAUGAUUUUGUAAAUACUUUUCUUUCCAAUAUAUUUAAUGUUUAUUACCUUUUAAACAAUCUAUAUGACUACAGUAUACAUUUUGUUAAUGAUAAGUAGUACUGUUAAGAAAGUUAUUGUGUAUUGUUGAGUAUUUAUCAUCUUCACACUGAUUUACUUUUGUUUGUAAACAAAUUGUUUUUCAUAUUUAUCAUGUCAAUGAAUUGUUCUCUCCUAUCUUUCAUUUUCAUAUUGUCUGUGAUUAUUGAAUUUUUAUUCAUAUUAACAUAAGUAAAUAGGAAAGAAUAUGAAAUAGUUUCAAUUAUCUAUAAUAUAUAUAUAUAUAUAUAUAUAUAUAUAUAUAUAUAUAUAUAUAUAUAUAUUAUCCUAAUAUUCUAUGCCAUUAUGAUGAAUGAUAAAGAAGUGUAAUGAGUGAUUACAAUAAGAGGGGGGAAUAAAGUUUC